CUGGGGGGCGGGAGAGGCGGGAGGGAGGGCGCUCGCCUUCCCCCGGCGGAGAUGGUGCUGCUGUCCCUCGUCGCCUGGCUGUGGCUAGCGGAGGGCGCCCGGGCGCAGCUCCGCUACACGGUGCAGGAGGAGCAGGAGCAUGGCACGUUCGUGGGGAAUAUCGCGGAGGACCUGGGCUUGGACGUUACAAAACUUUCGGCGCGGCGCUUCCAGGCGGCGCCCAACUCGCGGAGCCCCUACCUGGCGCUGGACCUGGAGACGGGCGUGCUGUCCGUGAGCGAGAAGAUGGACCGGGAGCAGAUCUGCAAGCAGAGCCCGGCCUGCCUCCUGCACCUCGAGGUCUUCCUGGAGAACCCGCUGGAGCUGUUCCGCGUGGAGGUGGAGGUGCUGGACAUCAACGACAACCCGCCCGCCUUCCCCGAGCCGGACCUGACGGUGGAGAUCUCGGAGAGCGCCACGCCGGGCACGCGGCUGCCGCUGGAGAGCGCCUUCGACCCGGACGUGGGCACCAACGCGCUGCGCACCUACGAGCUCACCCCCAACGCCUACUUCUCGCUGGACGUGCAGACGCAGCCGGGCGACGGGAGCCGCUUCGCGGAGCUGGUGCUGCAGCAGGCGCUGGACCGCGAGCAGCAGGCGCUGCACCGCUACGUGCUCACGGCGGUGGACGGCGGGCAGCCGCAGGCGCGGACGGGCACGGCGCUGCUGAGCGUGCGGGUGCUGGACUCCAACGACAACGUGCCCGCCUUCGAGCAGGCCGUGUACGCCGUGGCGCUGGCCGAGAACUCGCCGCCCGGCACGCUGGUGCUGCAGCUCAACGCCAGCGACCCCGACGAGGGCGCCAACGGGGAGGUGCUCUACUCCUUCAGCAGCCACAUCUCGGCCCGCGCGCGGGAGGUCUUCGGCCUGGCGCCGCGCACGGGCCGCCUGGAGGUGGCGGGCGAGCUGGACUACGAGGAGAGCAGCGCCUACCAGGUGUACGUGCAGGCCAAGGACCUGGGCCCCAACGCCGUGCCGGCGCACUGCAAGGUGCUGGUGCGCCUGCUGGACGCCAACGACAACGCGCCCGAGAUCAGCUUCUCCACCGUGAAGGAGGCGGUGAGCGAGGCGGCGGCGCCGGGCACCGUGGUGGCGCUCUUCAGCGUCUCAGACCGCGACUCGGCGGAGAACGGCGAGGUGCGCUGCGAGCUGGUGCAGGCGGGCGCCGCGCCCUUCCGCCUCAAGAGCUCCUUCAAGAACUACUACACCAUCGUGACCGAGGGCGCGCUGGACCGCGAGCAGCCCGGCGGCGACGCUUACACGCUGACCGUGGUGGCCCGCGACGGCGGCCGCCCGCCGCUCAGCGCCACGCACAGCAUCCAGGUGCGGGUGAGCGACGUGAACGACAACGCGCCGCGCUUCUCGCAGUCCCGCUACCGCGUGCAGGUGAGCGAGAACAACGUGCCCGGCGCCUACAUCUUCGCCGUCAGCGCCACGGACCGCGACGCCGGCGCCAACGCCCGCCUGGCCUACGCCAUCCUGGACGGGCAGAUCCAGGGCAUGUCCGUCUUCACCUACGUGUCCAUCAACGCCGAGAACGGCUUCCUCUACGCCCUGCGCUCCUUCGACUACGAGCAGCUCAAGGAGUUCAGCUUCCAGGUGCAGGCCCGCGACGCCGGCGAGGAGCCGCAGGCGCUGGCCGCCAACGCCACGGUGCACGUGGCCGUGCUCGACCAGAACGACAACGCGCCGGCCGUGGUCAGCCCCCUGCCCGGCCGCAACGGGACGCCGGCCCGCGAGCUGCUGCCCCGCGGCGCCGAGCCGGGCUACCUGGUCAGCCGCGUGGCCGCCGUGGACGCCGACGACGGGGACAACGCGCGCCUCACCUACAGCCUGGCGCGGGGCAACGAGGCCGGCCUCUUUCGCCUCGACUGGCGCAGCGGCGAGCUCCGCACGGCCCGCCGCGUGCCCGCCAAGCGCGACGCGCAGCGCCCCUACGACCUGCUGGUGGAGGUGCGCGACCACGGGCAGCCGCCGCUCUCCUCCACCGCCGCCAUCCAGGUGGUGCUGGUGGACGAGAGCCCCGGCGGCGCAGCGGGGAGCGACGGAGGAGGCGGCGGCGGCGGCGGAGCGGCGGCCGGGGCCGGCGCGGCGGGCGGGCUGGGCGGCGCGGGGCCCGGCGAGCAGCGGCCCAGCCGCGCGGGCGCCGAGAGCUCGCUCGACCUCACGCUCAUCCUCAUUAUCGCGCUGGGCUCCGUGUCCUUCGUCUUCCUGCUGGCCAUGAUCGUGCUGGCCGUGCGCUGCCAGAAGGAGAAGAAGCUCAGCAUCUACACCUGCCUGGCCGGCGACUGCUGCUGCGGCUGCUGCGGCGCCUGCUGCCCCGCCGCCUGUUGCUGCUGCGGCCGCCAGGCGCGGGCCCGCAAGAAGAAGCUCAGUAAGUCGGACAUCAUGCUGGUGCAGAGCGCGGCCGCCGCCGCUGCGGCCGCCGCCGCCGCCUCCUCGCCCGGCAGCGCCGCGCAGGGCCCCGCCGACGACGCGCCCGGCUUCGGCUCCCACCACCACAGCCAGAACUACUGCUACCAGGUCUGCCUCACGCCCGAGUCCGCCAAGACCGACCUCAUGUUCCUCAAGCCCUGCAGCCCGGCCCGCAGCGCCGACGCCGAGCACAGCCCGUGCGGGGCCAUCGUCACCGCCUACGCCGACCAGCAGCCCGACAUCAUCUCCAACGGCAGCAUCCUGUCCAGCGAGACAAAACAUCAGCGUGCAGAGCUCAGUUAUCUAGUUGAUAGACCCCGACGGGUAAACAGUUCUGCAUUCCAGGAAGCAGACAUAGUAAGCUCUAAAGACAGUGGUCACGGAGACAGUGAGCAAGGCGACAGUGAUCAUGAUGCCACUAAUCGAGGUCAAUCCUCUGUUUCUUUCUCUCUCCUGCUUGCAGGCAUGGAUCUCUUUUCCAACUGCACAGAGGAAUGUAAAGCACUGGGUCACUCAGAUCGAUGCUGGAUGCCUUCCUUUGUUCCAUCCGAUGGACGCCAAGCUGCAGAUUACCGCAGCAAUCUGCAUGUACCUGGUAUGGACUCUGUUCCAGACACUGAAGUGUUUGAAACACCAGAAGCCCAGCCUGGGGCAGAAAGAUCCUUCUCCACCUUUGGCAAAGAGAAGGCCCUUCACAAUACUCUGGAGAGGAAGGAGUUGGAUGGACUGCUGUCUAAUACACGAGCGCCUUACAAACCACCAUAUUUGAGAACUUUGAACGUGUUUUUGCACUCAGCUGAACAUCAAAAGUUGGAUCAACUCAUUGGACAAAAACAUCAUUGGCAUAAUUUACAGGAGAAGGUUUUAAGUUUGAUACUAUGAAAACAUUCAGACUGUCAGAAGAGUUAAACUGUGGAACAAGAUCAGUAGGAAACAUAGAAUCCCCUUCACUGAAGGCUUUCAAGAACAGGUUAGACCACUUAUUCCCAACCAUGAGAUCCUUUUAAGGGUGAUGCUGGAUGCCAUUUGCACUGUUAGGUGUGCAAACAGCUACCCAUUAUUCCCAAAAUAAGCUCAGAGAUUUCAAAUAGGAAUCCAUAGUGUGAAAAACUUUCUGACCUGUUGUGGUUUUCCUGAGCUCUUUGCAAUAGAAAAGCUCCUUUCCUUAUUUUUCUAGAGUAAAAAAGAACAAAACACUAAAAUCUAUAAGUUGGUAUUUUCCAAGGGGUGCCUUGUGUCUAUAAAAGGUUGAAAACUACUGGGUUUGACAAAAUUUGUCAACAAUGCUCAAUGUAUACUCAAUCAUAUCUCAGAACAAGGGUGUGGACUUCAUAUUUCUGCAAAAUCUACAUUUCUGUGAUUCCUGUGUUUGCCCAGAAAAGGCUGUUUGGGGUUUGUAAGAGCUUGUCUUACCUGUGCAGUUGUGUUAGGGUUAGAAAUCUAUUCUUUAAUUAGGGAUCUGGUGCAGUUUUCAAUUUGGGAUUUGACAAUAGUACAAGCUAUCUCCAUGUAAAACUCCCAGUGGAGUCAACUAGACUUCCUAGGAAAAGACUAAAAGGACAAGAAAAUAAUAUUAGUUAUGUAAAUCUUUUAUUUUUAAUGUAUUAGAUAAAUAUUAAAGAAUUUUGAGUGGCUUGCCCAUUCAGUUUCUUCAGAACUUUUUUCUGAUUGACUUUGUGAUGGAAUCUCAAAAUGUAACAAACACUAUAGUUCCUUUUUUUAAAAAUCAGGUAGUUUAAUAUACAGUAGUAGUAUUUUAUUAAAGUGUAUUUUCAAAGAUAAAAAUGAGUGUUUCCCUUAAUAUAUUCCCAUUUGACUUGAAUAAUAGGAAAUAAAAAAGUUAAUUUAAGUUUCUUGUUAAAAUGCUUCCAAGUGGUAUAAGAAUAACAAUAUUGAAUGACAGUAUGCACUGAAAUACAUGUUUAUCUGCUUGUAAAGUCUGAAACUCUUAAAUUAUAAUGAUUAUGUAUUUAGACAAUUGCAACUAAAAUCUGAGAAAUUGCCAGUGAAAUAAUUCACCUACUGAUAAAUGCAAACAUAAUGACACAAGCGCAGAUAUCAUGGUAGACAAUAAGUUUAUGUAUUACAGAAGUUAUGGUUUGUUCCAUUAUGGUUUACAUUUAAAAUGGGAAUUAAGUCCCUUUUUAUGUAUUAUACACACAAAGGGAUACAUGAGAUGCUACUCAUUGCACAGUAGCAAUGAGCUACUUGUUCAGCUUGUUGCUACUACACAGUAGCAUUGGCAGGCACUAACUGUGAUGUGAUGCUACUGUGCAGUAGCUCAUUGCUACUGAGCAAUGGCAUCUGAAAAAAAAAUGUGGGGAUGCUACUGUGCAGUCAUGCAGUACUUGCUUAUGUAAUGUUACUGCGCAGUAACAUCCCCACACAUUUUUUUCAGGUGCUACUGUGGAGUAGCAACAAGCUAAGCAAAUACUAAAUGCAUAAGCAAGUACUAAAUGACCGUGCAGUAACAAUUGCACAGUCUGCCACUCAUGUGUGGCCAAAUGCAUAUAAACAUCAGAGUUGUGAUAUAUUACUUGGUCAUACAAGAACAAGUCAAGAUUUUGGCUCUUUUCUUUCUUUGUGUCAUUCCUCUUUUUUCCCUUCUUUUCACUCUUUUGGCAAUGCUUUAUAAUUUCUCAGGGGUUUAGGGCAGAUGGAUAGAUAAUCUUAUGUCAGUAAAUUUUUAGGGCUGUUUUGAAGCUUGCUAUACAUUUAUAUGAUCUGUAGAAAGAAAGCUGCUUAGAAUCUACUAUUGUUCCAUAUAUUCAGGCCUCCAGUUUUUCUCACUAAGGGUGCAUCUACAUGUGCUGAUUUAAGGCACUUAAACCUGAUUUAAGACUCAUUAAGGGUGCACGUCUACAUGUGUGUACCCUUAGUGCACCUUAAGCAUGGUGAUUUUAGGCUAUUCACACCUAAAUUUGAUACCUGAAGAAGCAGAUGUCAAAUUUAGGCACAAAUAGUUAAUGCGAUAAGGCUCAUUAACACUGUGUGUGUCAAUUGACUUGUGACUAACUUUAGUCACAUGUCAGUCCACACACUACAUUAAUGCACCUUAAUGUGUGGAUGUUCAGACAUGUGCCUAAAUCACCGUUAUGUGCAUUAGGUAAAUGCACAUUAAGUUUAGGCACGUGAAAAAGCACAUAUAGACAUGCCCUAAGAGUUCUUCAUAAGAGGCUCAUAAUAAGUAGCUUCUACUCAGUUUAUUCAUUACUAUUAGACUGCAGUUUAUUGGUACCAGAUUUCUAUUCAUAAUGGAGUUUGAUUUUUUUUUAAAUAUGGUAUGAGCAGGUCUGUAAAACUUAGUUAUGAUAUUACCACUAAGAGAAAAUCUGAAACUGCAAGUUCAGUCUGUUGCACUGAUCCCCGCAACCAUUUAUUCAAAAGCUUCUUAAGAAGCUCUUCUAUCUUAUUUUCUCACUAAUCUGUUUUAGUACAAAUUGGAUCAACAUAUGUGAGUACACCGACACACAUAUAUACAAUGAGAAAUCUAUUGUUGAGCAUAUGUGUCUUUGUAGAUAAUCCUUUAUGUAAGAAAUGGGCAAGAACAAACUUGGACAGCUUUCUUGAACUGAAAUUGUUUUUAAAUUUGAAUUUGUUAAUAAAGUUCAUGCUAUUAUAGGUUGGCUGUAAUAUCAGGAAAAAUGAAAUCUAUUUGGGUGUAAUUCUUGAGAAAGCAAAUAUGUCAUUUAAGAAGCUUCCUGUCAGAAGUGUUACAUACAGAUUUAAAUGCUGGAAAUCUUUCUUAGUGAUGAUGAACUGGACUGUGGUAAAGCUACAGAUGCCGUUUUCUGUACUUGGACUGAGGAAUGUGCCAUUUGUUUGUAAACUAUUUAUGUGCCAUUUGUGUGUCAAUCUGGUAAACCACAGAGCAUCAAUACUGACACACUGGAUUCAGGUGAAAGGUUUGCUAUUCUUCCUGAAAAUCAAGAAUUGAAGAGAAAAAUGGUAAAUAAUACAUAAAAUAUUAAAUGCUAACUUGCAAUAUGCAAAAAUGUAAUCAAUCCCAUUUGUAACAAAACACAUUUCUGAACUCAAGCACUCAACAGCUGAAGAUUCCAAAAGUGAAGUUUGCUCUGUUAUAAUAGCUCAACUGUAUAUUUCAAUACCUCAGUUCUGAUUUACAUAAAUAGCAAACUAUAAUAAAAAAGCUAAAAAGGACUGACUUUAAAUAGUAUAGCAGAAUGAAAGUACCCAUACAGACCUUAACUGGAAGUUCCAGACUCAAGGGACUGAUCCUGCAACCUGAACAUUUCAUUAACAUUAAACCUGGCUCUGUGCAUUCAGCAUCCAAGCUAUUCCCACUGAAGGCAAUGGCCGAAAUAAUAUUGAUGUCAUAGAGAUUUUCAGGUUCUUCACACUUUUUAACAUGUAUAUCUUACAAGUUUCUCCAGAGAAGCUGUUAUUAUUUCAAGCCAAAAAUGGGAAACCUAACUAACUGUUUUUUUAACUAUAAGUGCAUUUCAAAUAGGUAUCACCAGGGCUACGUGUACAUGUAUCUAAAGAAAUAUGCUCUUGUACAUGCUCAAUAUGCACUUUUCAGAUGGUCCUAUUUUAGAUCAUCCCAAAGAUUCUGUCUCAAGGUAAAGCUAAGGCAGUAAAAAAUAUCUCCAUGUUCAAAGCUUCAGUUUUUAAGCAUUCCAGGUGCAGCUCUGUCUGUCUACAUGAGAAACAUGUACUAAUCCUACAUACAAAGAACACAAAAACAGUGAAGAGAUUAUGCUCAAACUAGAGCAAAAAAUGAAGCUGCAGAGAGAGACCAAGAAUAAUAAAAUAUAUAUUAGCCCAAAUGAUGAAUGUUUUGUAAAUUUUACAAAUGAUUAUAAUAGCAACUGUUCUUCAGCCUUAACCUCCAUGAGUACAGCUAAGUGCAUGCAUCUUUAAGACACAAGUGGGUUCAAAACACAUUAUUAAGCACAUUCAUUUCAUUUAUGGCUCAAUGAAUGAGUGAUUUCAAAGUUAUUCUGUGGCAACAUUUGGUGUAAAAAAGGUUGAGAAACACUGCUUUAGUGCAAAUGUGUCCACAUACACACAUGUACUGACACACACCCACAGACACAUGCAUAGAGCCAUUUGUUGAAGUUAUUCUAAGUUUCCAUUUAUGACUCAGUGUGAAAAAACCUAGCAUCUGGCUGAGGGGAAACCUGCAGGCUAAAUUAUGCUCCGUAGUAAUUCCAUUUCCUUCAGUGGCACUACUUCUGAUACAUAUUUAUGUAGCUGAGAGCAGACUCUACCUAAAACAAAUAAUUUUAUGGAGGUGUUUAUUAUAAAGAGGAAAAAAUGAUCACUCUCUAUUUCUACUUUUACUAUUCUCAUGAAUGGCAUUAAUUUGUAUUUAAAUAGUCUUUUAUUCAACAACAUAAAUAUCACAAGAAACAAAGAGUUCACUGUGACAGUAAUGUGUUUGUUGUGGCUUAGUGUAUCUGCAAAAAAUUAACAAUGUAAGCAAGCAUUCUUGCCCCUGAAAUUAAGGAUAAAGAGUGCCCUUAGAACUCAGAGACAUUCAACUUUGUGAAAAAGCUUGAUCUGAUUUAUAUUUAUGACUGGCAACAAAGGAAAGAGGAACUCUGAGAGAGAAGGUAGUUAGUUAAUACAGUCUAAAGAGAUAAUACAGCAUAUAUUACAGUGAUAUUAUAACCUCUCUCAGCCUCUGGAGAAGUAAGGCAUCCAAAAAAAAAUAAAUCCUGUUCUAUUUGGUUUAUAUGGUGUAAAUAAAACAAAGUGUAGUGGAUAUUAAAACAGCAGUGCCAGGUUAAAAAUCAAAUUAGUUACAGAUUUUCUUACGUUGUUUAUUCCUAUCACCUCAGAUCAUUAGCUUUUUACAGUGUUAACAAUCUAAUUUACUUUUCACCAUGAAUGCUGAAUAUUUACUUUUUGCUUUUCUGUCACUGAGGAGGGUUAAAAAUACAGCAGUCUAAUUUGUCCUCUGUUUCUAGUAAUAUAAUUACAGAAGUAGUAGGAACAGCAUUUAUGCUGUGGAAAUGUACAUUAGGGUUGUCUUAUAUUUUUAUUAUAUCCUUGUUUUCAGUUUUUUAUGAAUUUAACCAUCUUGGACACAAGCUUCUAUGCUUGCUCAGCGCUGAAAGUAUUUCACUUUUUCAAAAAAAAAAAUGGUAUUGAAAAGAAUGUGCAAUUUGCCAUGUAAGAAAAAGAAGUGCAUCACAUCCUCAAAGUUAGCAAACCAACUUGACACGUGUACUACCACACUAAGGUGAUUAUGCUACUUCUGGUUCAGCAACUAGUGCUUAUAUAAUGAGCAUGCAUUAUGAUAAUGAGCAUAUCAUAGGAUUAGGCAUCCUCCAGGGUUGGGCAGAAGCUAAGCAGGAGUUUUAAAGAUUGCAAGGCUUUUGACUUUGGCAUGCAGGAGAUGCAUUCCUUGAGCCAUUGUGCAAACAAACAAUAGGAGAUACAGGAGAUAUGUUACCUUAGAAGCUAUCGUAGAAAUCCAUGUGCUUGUCUAUGCAAUUUAUAAAAUGGGCCACUCCAGUAUAUGCAGCUCCUUGGUUUACUGUGUUAUACAUCUCCCUCAGACUCCCUCACAGUCUACUGUUGUGACCAGCUAGCACAGUCAUUGUGUAUGUUUACAUGAUAACACAGUACUAUGGAAAGAUGCCCAAGCUAGCUUGUUACCAGACGGUCUAAUUAGUCUGGGCAGAGCAUUACACUGACAGCUGUCCUGUUUCUUAUACCUAAGCUAGUUCUGCAUGGUACUACACUGUGUUGUGUAAAUAUAUUCUUGCAGUUUGGUUUUCAGAAGUACCAAGCAUUCACAACUUAAGCCAAUGAAAUGCUCAGAAGCACAAGAACUUGGGAAAAUCAGGCACUGCCUGUGUCAAAUUGAUUCCCUUAUCACUGAGACAUCAAAAGUCAAUGGAUGUGUAAAUGUUGGCCUUAGUCUUCCUGUGUCUUGAUUUAUUUUCUGUUACAUAGGGAUAAUAAUAUUUCCUUGCUUCAUUAACAUUUGGAAGCUAUUCAGAUAUUGUGGUGGGCUUCAUAACAAAAGUCGAGGAAGAAUUUGGAAAGGCACACCACAGCAAAGCAUAUCAGUUACAAAGGUAUAACAACACAUGUUAAAUGAUGAGGAUAAAAAUGUAGAUUACAUAUUUCCCUAUCCAUCCUGUAUUGUAAGAUAGGGUUUGGGGUUUUGAAAAAAAUAGUCCAUAUGCAUUUCACUUUGUGUUCCUAAAUGACAGCUUUCUAGUUGUAUAAGCUAUGAUUUUGGCACUUUUAUGCACAGGUUGCAUAUCUAGUAUCUAUUAUCACUACACUUUGAAUACGUAAGCACGAGUACAUAGCCUGAGCAUUCACAAUAGGCUAUAUGCUGGCCUGGCAUGGACAUGGCUAUCUAUGCAUGCCCAUUCUGGAUGUGCAUGUACAUCUAAGUCCCAAGAAUACAGCUGGCUAGAAACUCACAAUAGGUGUUAGGCAAAGGAGGAGUGCCCUUCCUCAGCAUCUUAGCCCCAAAAGCAAAAUGAUUAAAGGAUUUACAUUCACCCAAGUACACAUAUAUAGCACCACAUCUCUGCCCACCCAUCUUUUGCCCAGGAAACUGGAGAUCCACAUCUCUCUGACUUCUCAGAACAGCACUCUAACUGACAUGCCCCAGGUAAUUCAUUCUCUAGUCCUUUCUUCAGAGCUUCUUUUCCUCUAUUGAAACUGGCUUCUUGGGUAGCCAAGCCAUGUGAGGCCAAAAGGAUAAGGGCAAGCUAGAGAGUAGUUGGUUGGCUCAGUGGGAUGACUUUGGUGCAAAACAAGAGCAUAUCCUAGGUUCUAGUCUAGACUUGCUUUCUAAUGAGAGAGAAACUUUCUGACUGUACUCUUCUUUAUCCAUUUUAUCCAAAGACUAUUAAAUGCAAGGAUCAGUGAUUCAACUUCAAAGAAGUUCCAGAAAAGAUUGGAUAGAAGGUUUUCCUCCCCAUGACUUUUGGGACUUGCAUUCAGGUACACAUGUAUGUGCCUGGACAAUUCACUGUUCAUGCACAGUCUAUAUGCAUAUAUUUAUUCAUGCCAAGAAGCAGGGCCAAAAUUGCUCACAUGGCUAGAAACCUGCCAUUUAGGUGCAUGAAAGAAAAUAUAAUUCACCCAUAAUGAAAACUUUAGCAUAAUCCACAUACACAAGGGGGAAAAUAUACGGGUUCAGGCAAAUUGAAUUCUGUCAUUUCCUAAUAUUAAGAGCAUUAAUGAGUAGAGUUUUGAAAACCUCAUUUUGUCUUAAACAAAACAUUCCAUUUGGCCCAAAAAUAUUUUAUUCUUAGCUACAUGUAAGAAAACGAAAGGAAAUGAACAGCUAGAUUAUCAAGAUGUUGAAAGAUGAAAGGGCAGCUUCCUAUUUCAAUUUCCUUGCCCAAAAGGUACUUAGUGAGCAUGUCUACAUGUGCCCCUCUCAUGGUACAGUUGUUACUGAACCAUCAUUUAGUACUUGCUUUAGGAAAUACUAAGUGAUGGAGCAGUAAUGGCCAUUACUUUGCUGUCCUGGUGGCACAGUUAUUUUUAGCAGCUACAUCACUGUAGCGGCAUGCUAUAACAAGGUAGUGUGUCACUACGAUGAUGUACUUUUGGCAUCCAGUGCUAUAUCACCAUAGCAACAAACUAUGUCACCAUAGGCUGGAUUAAUCCAUUUUAGAUCAGUGAACUGAUGCCAAUCUUAAAUUAGUUCUCCUCUGAUUAGGCAUGCCAUUUUUAGGAUGACCUAAGCCCUGAAAACACUUGCAGAGCCAGCCAUUUAUAUUGCCCUAAGCUCAGUCAGGGAGAUCUAAAUGUAAUGCUUAUACAUACUCCAAAGCUGUCCAGCUGGUGGCUUGCAGGCCACCAGUUGGCUUGUGGGCUCCCACCCAGCCACCACUUCUCCCAUCGCUCCUGCUCCAGCUAUUCCUGCUCCUGGGGUCCCCAGAAUCCCGAUCCCUCCUCUGCAUCAUGCUUCCUACCCCCACCUGUGGGGGUCUGGGGAGCCUGCAGCCCUUAUGGGGGGUGGGGUGCCAGUCUGACCAAAGAGCAGGUGUGGGGUGUCAUACUGCCCGUUCCAGGUUCACAUGCCAGGGGGGCCCAGUGGCCCAUACAGGCUGUGACCCAUGGCCACUCAGAAGUUGGAAAACUCUGGACUAAACUAUGGAAUCCCUUCAUCUAAUGCCUGCUACUCAUGGAUUUUUUUCCUAGUUGCAGUUUGGAAUAUACACUCUCCCAGGUACACAUGUAUAACACACAUCCCUGUCCACUCAGAGCACAGCCUACUGAACACUUAGCCAUUUGUGUGUUUGCUUUGCACAUGAGAUAAGACUUCAAACAACAUUUAUGUGGUUGGGUAGAUGCCAUUGGGACAGCAGAGGGAAUCAAGAAGUGUCCCCCUUUUGGUUCAGUUGUUAGGAACCUCACUGAGGAUGUAGGAUGUCUGAGUUCAAUUCCCUCCUUUUCCUGAGAUCACCCAACCCCCAUCUCCCAUUAAAGUGUCCUACUUACCAAGCUAUAUGGCAUUCUCUGUAUGGAAUAUUCCAUGUUGCAUAAAUAAUGAAAUAUAUACCAGAGGAGAGUCUGGAAGGCACGUACCCUUCUAUGGCCACAGUGACUAACACAUAGUCAUUCUCAGUCUCCAGGCCAAUGAAUAUUUAUGUAUGUUAUACAAAGUGGAAGAUCUCAGGAAAUAUGAAGAAGUCGCAUGUUAGAAUAGCCAUGAUAGUGAGAACACUCUGCUGGGCAGUAGAAAAUGUGGUUCAUAUUCUCUCAGACAGGGGAUGGGAUAUAGCUCACAUCUCCCACCUGAGUGAAUUUACUAACCACUGGGCUUCUGAAUAAAAAAAAGGACCCCAACACCAGUCUAGCCUUGGAAAACGUUUCAAAACAAAUGUUCAGCAAAUUCACAUGAAAGCUAAAUAGUUCCUAUUUUUGCACUAGUUGCAAUGCUUGUGUCUACAUGUCAGGAUAUUCCAUUGAUAAAAAAACACAGUGCAUUAUGGGUAGAUAUCCCAGAAUCCCUCAAAUUGCCUUAAGGGAAAUUUUCACAAAGUACUGUGAUAUACCCACUGGUGUUUAAAGGAACUAUACCCAUGAUGUAAAAGAUGCUGACUGUCACAUUUCUUGAUCCAUAUACUAUCUUAUUCCAGUCUGGCUGUGUCCAAGCAUCAGAAUGAGAACUAUUUUCCUGUUGAAAAAAUAAGGAGCAAUUGCAAUAUGGAUGGUUGUCAUGAAGAUCUGGCAGGUAAUUCAGUGGUUCCUGUUUCACAAGUUGAUCAGGCUUAGAAAAUAUGAUGUAAAGAAAAUUAAAAUAAAAUAAAAUAAAAUAAAAUAAAAUAAAAUAAGACUUAUGAGCA